GAUAAACCAAAUAAUUUGCGGCUGAAAUUUCAGAAAGAUAUUACACCAAAUGGAUAUUCGUCUUCGAAUCGAGAGCCUCUAUUCUCAUCAAUCAUGGAAUUCCAAUUCAAAUUCAAAUCAAAGAAUCCUCAAACCAAGCUGCGCCAAAAAGCCACCUCCCCAGCAAAACGGCGACACCAAUAACAACAAUAAAGGAGAUAAAUCGUCGAGAGAUUGGGACAAAGCAUGGUCAAGCUUCAGAAAGCAAGGAAAGAAGACACUGUUCUCGGAUUUCUCGCCGAACAAGUACGUAAGCUGGAAUCCGAAGCCGUCGGACUUCCCACUGUCGGAAGAGGUUGAUCCGAUAAGAAGAACAGAGAGGUCAAAUCUUAUGUUAUGGACCAGCCCCAGGUUUACUCUGAUUGGAGCUAUUGUUAUUGUUAGUUUUCUUCUCGUGUACACGAUUCUGGCACCGAUUAAAUAAACGGUCAGUCGAUUCUUACCGAACAGGAAAAUAUUGCUGUAAAUUUGUUCUUUUUAUCGAAUUUAUGUAAUGAAGAACACGCAUAUAGAUAUCAUACAUAAGGUUUGCGAC